GGUGGGGAUGUGUUUCGUGUGCGCGCGCAGCAGCAGAAGACCUUUGUCGCCAUAUUGAAUUUGUAUUUGUUGUAUUUUCGUCUUUCGGACAUGGAUUCUCUAGCAAACUACGGCAGUGACGAUGAAAACGAGGCCAUUUCUUCCACAAAUGUGAAUGCAAGUUCGGAGCCAGUUCAAAGCCGGAUGGAGGGUGACAACUACGACGAUGUUCAAAUGGAGAUGAGUGAGAAUCCACUUAACGGCAGCAAAGCUCCCUCCGUUCAAGCACAUUCCCCUGGCACCUUCCGGUGUGGUGGUGCUCCACACAUGGCUCCACCUGCCUGUGCAACCAUUUUGUCGUAUACUAGGCGGCGAAUGCUGUCUGGGCCUUCUUGGAGGAGAAGCGGUGGCUGUCCAACAUCUGUGCAGGAGUCCGGUUCUGAAUCAGCGGUGAAAGAUGAUGAUGGCAACUGCUCACCUCUCAACCCUGCUAAUAACUCUUCUUCAUCUUCUCCUGCUUCUACGGCACAAUCCCAUGGUAGUGAGAGUGAUGAAAAUGAUGACUCAAAGUCAGAGGAUUUGCUGUCUAGCUCUGCAAAAGUAAACACACAAGAAAAAUUGUUAAAAGAUAAAGGUGCUCUGAAACCAGACAAAGAUCAGGUCAGGAGAGAUUUGGAGAGUCGCAGUAAUCGUGACAAGGAAAGAGAGAGAGACCGUGACAAGGAAUGUGAUAAAGACCGUUCGAGAGACAGAGAUGACAAGGACAGAAGAAGAGACUACAGAAGAGAAGAGAGACAUCGAUCAAGAAGCAGGGAUCGAAGAGAUAGAGAAAGAAGUCAAGACAGAAGUGGCAGACGUCGAUCAAAAGAUAGAGAUUCUAGGCGAAAGUCGAAAGAAAGGCGCUCUUCGAGUCGGGAAUACAGGGAACACAGGAAUGCGGACCGCAGACGCACUGAGACAAACCGAAGAGACUCUGAUCGUAAACGGCACAGAUCACGAUCUCGCAGUGUUGACAGACACAGACCGGGAACGGAUUCCAGAAGCAGUAGCAGCAGUGGAAGCAGUAAGAGUGAUGCCCAUGCCCGGUCAAGGGAUGUCAAGGUUUUACCAUCUGCAGGUAGUAGGUCCCGCAGUAAAAGCCAGGAGAAAGAACGAUCACGAACAUCUAGCGGUGAUUCAAGGAAGUUUUAUAUGGAAAAGAAAAUUGACAGGAAACUUAAUGUUUUAGAACGAAUGGGAAUUGAGUUGAAAGCUGAGGCUAAGGCAUCCAUUGGCCUGGUUACUCCUCAAAUGCUAGUUCAAAGAACUAUGGAGCAGCAAGUAGCGCAGGUAAAGCAAGCCACAGGUGUGGAAUUGCCGAGUUACUAUAACGCUGCUGCAGUUAACCCUCAAAGACUUGUGGACCAAAUUCAGAAGAGAAAACUCUUAUGGGGAGCCAAGAAAGAAGACCCUAGCAAAGCUGCAGCUCCAUCACAAACAUCAAAUAAAUGGCAAGGUGCUACCUUUGCCCAAGAUCAAGAUGGAAAACUGACUGCUAAAUUUAACAGGCUGAUGGGCAUUAAACAGCCAGUACAAGCUCCUGCGGCCACCUCAAGUGGAGAAGGAGGCAGUGAAAUUAUUAAGAAACAAGAAGAAAUGUUUCAUAAUAUGGAAAGCCAAUAUGAAGUUGCUAGGCUCGCUACACACACGCACCGUGGUUUAGGUCUUGGAUUUGGCACAUUUCAACACCGAUAAAUUCUCGUUAAUUUUUAAUGUGUUAUUUUCUAUGAACUUAAUUCCUGUUAAUUUUAUUGUACAUAGUGAUAUUCAUGUUCUUCACAUGUUGUAGGGGUACUGAUACAGUAGAUUAAACUUCAUUUAAUAAUUGAAAA